AUGCCGAAAGUGCUUCGGCUCAACUUUUCUGCCUUUCCCAAAUUCCUUCUCUCGCCGACGGAAUUCCACGCAAAGCAGGAUGCGGGGAGCAUUUCUCCCAGAACCACAGCCAACCAUUCGACUGGUAAAGCGAGAACUGAAAAAUACCUCGAUGGCCAUGUUUCAUAUAUUCGCUGUUCCCGCUGUGCGAUCGACCUCUGCCUGACAUCCCAAAUCAUCAGCAAGGGGUUCACUGGCCGCCAUGGCCGUGCCUACCUUGUAUCCCCAGAAGCUACUGCGAGCGCUGUUUCUGUGAGCGGGUCAUCCUCUCCGACAUCUUCUCUUCAAAAUACCAUCAUACAAAAGCCUGUACCGCGCGAGCUAGUCACUGGAUCCCAUACUGUCAGUGAUGUAUGUUGUGCUUUCUGCGGCAGUGUACUUGGCUGGAAGUACGUUGCCGCCGAAGAGGAAUCGCAGCGGUACAAGGUUGGCAAGUUCAUCUUGGAAACUAAAAGAACUACCACCACAUCGUGCUGGGACUCCGCAUCAACAAUCAGCCCGAAAGCAGCCCCAGCCCUCGAUCAAUCUAGCCACGGAGAGACAGGCCCGAGCCCAUUGAAUGGCCAUGUCGAGUUUGACAGCCAAGAUGAGGACGAGUGCGAGGAUUUAUUUGCUGGAAUAUGGAGCCCAGAUCUAGCCACGCGCCGAAAGAAUCGCAAGAUCGACCGUCGUCCUGCAAUGUUUGGACUCAAUUAA